CCCAUCUUGGCUCCUAUGAUGAAAAGUGGGGUUGCAGCGAGUCAGUUUAAAGAUCUUCAGGAACCAGAAGCCAUAAUUGUUGCUCCUACCAGAGAGCUGAUCAAUCAGAUUUACCUAGAUGCUUGGAAAUUUGCAUACGGAACUGUCGUUCGUCCAGUUGUAAUCUAUGGAGGAACACAAACGUCUCAUUCACUGCGCCAGAUAUUUCAAGGCUGCAACAUCCUUUGUGCGACACCUGGGAGGUUACUGGACGUUAUUAACAAGGAGAAGAUUGGGUUGAGCCAAGUGAAAUACCUUGUUCUGGAUGAAGCUGAUCAUAUGCUGGACAUGGGUUUUAUGGAAGAUGUAAGAAAAUUGUUGUCAAGUCAAGGAAUGCCAAAAAGAGAAGAAAGGCAAACCUUAAUGUUCAGUGCCACGUUCCCUACGCCCAUACAAAAUCUUGCUAGAGAGAUUUUGAAGCCAGAUUAUCUGUUCGUGGUUGUCGGACAAGUUGGUGGCGCGUGCAGUGAUGUCGAACAGCAGAUAAUUGAAGUGGAAGAGUAUGGAAAGAGGGCUAAACUGCUGGAACUUUUACAACUCAUAGGCCAUGAGCGCACAAUGGUUUUUGUGAAAACCAAAAAGACGGCGGAUUUCAUUGCAACAUUUCUUUGUCAAGAAAAAAUCCCCUGCACAAGCAUUCACGGGGACAGAGGGCAAAGAGAGCGGGAGAAAGCUCUGGGCGACUUCCGCUCUGGACAGUGUCCUGUGAUUGUUGCCACGUCUGUUGCUGCCAGAGGAUUAGAUAUCGAGAACGUCCUUCAUGUGAUAAAUUUUGACAUCCCUGGUGAUGUUGACGAAUAUGUUCACAGAAUCGGCCGAACUGGACUCUGCGGCAACACUGGAAAAGCCUUUUCUUUUCUUUUUUUUUAUAAGAUUGGUGAUGACGAGCAAAAAAUUGUCCGUGGACUAGUGAAAGUUUUAACCGAUUCUCACCAGGAGGUACCUGCUUGGCUUGAAGAGAUGGCGUUCAGUGCCCAUGGCAUGCCAACCUUUAGUUCACAGCCAAGCAAAUUUGCUUCAGUGGAUAGCAGGAAGAGAGGUGACUUCAAGGAGGACAACGGUUACAGCAAUCCUGGCAUUUCACAACCUGCAGCGCGGGCGGCAGCGGAGGAGGAGGAAGAUUGGGGCUAG